AUGGUUUACUCCACAUAUACCGUUGCUUUGGCUGGCUUCUUGCUGCAGGCCAUGACUGUGAUGUCCACACCCCUCCAGCUGUCACCCCGUCCAGUAGAAUCUGCCACACCGGAUAGCAUCGGAUCCUUUGGUGCAGGCUGGAGCACAAGUCCUAUGCGAGGCCCACUCCCAAUCCAGCAGCCUUCAUCUCGUCCACCGUUCCGAAUAGGCACUACGCAGCUAGGCCCGCUAUUUCCAAAGUACACAUAUCAGGGAAUGGACUCGGAUCUACACGCUCGAUCAGACAUUGCCUCCGAUGUCGCCGACCUGGCCAAGCUUCUCAAUAGUCGAGAUGUCGAGAUGCUUGAUGCCCGUGGCUUUGGAGAUAUCCUGGGGAAGAUAUUCGGCAAGCUCGGGCCCCUCCUCCUUCAGCGGCGGGAAGUAGACGACGAGGCGAUGGCACAGUUAGAGCAUCCUCUGCAAUCUCGCGAGCUCGCAAAUGAACUCGAGGCUCGCGGGUUGUUCGGCUUCAUCCCCAAGCUAUUCAACAUGAUUUCAAAGGGAAGAAAUGCGGCAGACACCAUACUCUCACCCGCAACACCCCCAUCGCUGCCCACACCCACUGCCAGCAACGCGCCUGCGCCACAAAAGAGAAGUGAUGACCCAGACACCCAAGCAUUAAAUCGGUUGUUCUCUCGCUACUUAGCGGAAGAUGAACGCCAGGGCAUCCACGGAAUGCUCGACAGCCUAGUUCAUUUCCCUAUGAACACUAAUGGACAUAGCCUCGUCAACAGUCGACCUCUUGUUGAAGGUCUCCAACUUACUCCCUCCUCCGCACCGCAGAGGAGAGCGAUGGAAGAUGAUUUCAAGGAGCUCGAGCGACUACUUGGCCGCGAAAUGACAGAUGUUGAGCGUCGUGGCCUGGGCACCAAACUAGGACAAGCCGCCCCGUUCGCCCCACUCCUGUUCCAGGGCUUUGACUGGAUUAAAGACCACAUUGGAAACCAUGAUUCGCCUGCACAGCCUGUUGAAUCUGCAGCUCCGCAGUAG